AGAAACCUGAAAGCUAGUCAUGAAGCUGUUAGAUGUGAAGUUGUUAGUGGUGUGCACGUGUGCAGUGAUGGUGUGUGUGGAGGCGCGGUGUCUGCGCGGGCCUCGACCCGUCCUGGACGACGAGGCUGCCUCGGAGAACCGCGAACCAGGGCUGAGGAGGAUCGAGGACUCGCUCCUCCUGAGGGCGCUGAGGAGGACCCGGGAGCCUCCCCAGGAGGUGGCGGUGGUGCCCGACGAGGGAGUCCCGGACAAGAAGCCCGAGUCCUGGAGACCAGAGGCGCUGUUGUUCUGCGCGUUGAUCCCCGUCGUGGCAGUGGCAGUGGCCAUGGCGGGGCUGAAGCUGGCCGGCGUGGACCUCGUCGUGGAACCGCAGCGCCAGUGGGACUCCCCGCGGGACUCCCCGUGGGACGCCCCGUGGGACGCCCCGUGGAAAGGCCCCUGGGGCGCGCCGUGCCAGAUGUGCUUCGACCUCCCGGCGGCGAGGCAGCUGGCGGAUCCAGGGAGCUGCCACGUCCAGCGGCGCUUCACCCGUCCUCACAUCUCUACAGUGGAUAUUUUUUAGUAAAAAAAAAUAUAUAAUUUAAAAUAUCAUGAUUACAAAAAAGAUUUUUUACGCUACUGAUAUUAUAUUGAACCAUUUUACGUUGCUUGCCACCAUCAAACGCAGAUAGCAAUCAGCAGCACGACCGAAAAGGAAAUUCGAAACUAUUGGAGUUGAUUUUCGACAAGGGAUUUUAUUAAAAUACUGCCCGUCUUUUUUUAACACGCUUUUAUUAGCUUCAUACGUAUGUAUGUUAGUAUGUAACGGAAUCUUUGAACAUGUUUUUGAUCCCCUUCAAAAGGUCGGAUUAACUCGAACUUUGGCAUACUUAUCAAUGACCGAUGACAAUUCAAUAUUUUAAACAGUUAGACUCGUUAUCCUUUCUAGGAUAAUCAGGAUUAGCGUUUUUUUGUUUUCCUAAAACUUGUAGUGUCUUUGCGCCAAGACCAAGAAGGGAAACUACGAGGCGCGCUGAUCACAUAUUUCUCGGAUAAGUUACCGACUUUGAAUAAGAUGAAAUUUUCGGAGAGGGAACCUGAGAACCGGCUAUCUCAUCCAAGGGAGGCAGCAGGCGCCCAAAUCGCUCAUUUCUCGGAUAAGUUACUGACAAAAUAAACAUCAAUGACUUCCCAAUUUUAUUGAAAAUCAUUCAUUUGCAUAGCUGAUAUUGAAAAUAUUGUGUACUAUAGUUCUUUAACACGCUAUAUCGAAUAUAUAUUUUAAAAGCAGCCUAUAUUUUCUCAAACUCACUUUAAUAGUAAAUUGAUGUAAUAAAGAAAAAAAUGAAAAAUAAA